AUGGACAAGAGCGAGUGUGCGCUGUGCCGCCGUCCCCGCGGCUCCUUCUCCUGCGCGGAGUGCACGUCGGCCAUGCUGCAGCAGCGCCGCACCAUGCUGGCUGGACUGCAGGCGGACGUGGCCGUGCUGCGCAAGAAGACCGAGUAUGCGCUGAACACGAAGAGCGCGCUGGUGGACGCAGAGCUGCGUCUGGAGAGGUGCAUGAAGCAGGUGGAGCGUCUGGCCGAGAAGGUCAUGAAGACGCGCGAGCAGCUCUGCUCCGAGCGCAUCGCGGUCGUGGAGCGGACGUCCAAGCUGGAGGAGCGCACGGUGCAGAUGGAGGAGGCGCAGCACAAGCUGCAACUCGAGAGCCAACGGGCCGAGAGUCUGCACGCCCCAGUGCUGGAGUGCCUGGACUACCAGGUCCAAUGGGCGGACGAGAAUGCUGCCAGGGUGAGGGGUGACAGGCUGCGUGAGUUGUUCGCGCUGUUUGCACUGACGCCGGAGGGGGAGAAAACUGCAGAGGAAGAGGACGACGAUGACCCGUUGAGUGGCCUCCCGGACGAACGGGAGGGUGUGUCGGAAGAGCUGCGGCAGCGGAAGGCGAGGAAAAACGUCCCUGUGUUCUUCCGAACGAUAGUGGGACUGCCACUGCCAAAGUCGGGCAAGUACGAGAACGUGCCGCCGGAGGUUGUUGCUGCCGCGCUGGGCAAAGUCAUCCACCUGCUGCACUGCUUGAUCAAGUACUUGAAGAUCACGUACCCGCAUCCGAUGCAAUUCAACGGGUCGUUUUCGACGAUUGGGAAUACGAGCGAAGGCGCUGGAUGUCAUACGCUGUAUCCGGACGGUAGCGUUGGGUUUGAACGUGGACUGAGCAUGCUCCAUGAGAACGUGGCGUUCCUGUGCACCUGCCAAGGUGUGUCGAAGAGCGAUGUCCACCCCACCGAUUUGCUCGGAAGUUUGCUUGAAGUGUACAAGUCUCCACGUCUCGGAACGCUGUGCGAUAACCAAGAGGCGAACGAGAUUGACCCCGACGAAAGGUACACACUAACAGGAAGCAUUGAGAUUUUGCCGCACUAUUCGUGA